AUGUUUUCAAGCCUGAACCCCUCGUGGACGCCGCCAGCUUCGGCGUGGGGCGAAAUGAACACCUGGAGGCGGCCCGCAUACCAAGCCCAAUGGAGCAUGCCGCCGUCGAGCACGAGGAACUACGACUACACGGGAUCUUGGGGGCUUCAGGAAAUUGUUUAUCAGGUUGAAUACCAAACGCCGCACUACCGCCAAGCCAGCGGAAACGUUUUCCACCUGAAUCGGGCUGUUACACCAAUCGUCAACGAGGAAAAGCAGCCGAGGGCCAAGAAGGCCAAGAAGAGGAGGCGAAGAAAACCUGCAAAGAUGAACUUCAACGGCCGUGGUGGUUACAACGGGUACGGCGGACGCGGAAGGGGCUCGUUCCCAAGGAAACAAUUCUUCCGCAAGCGCGACAACCAGCAAGAUGACAUUCCGUAUUCGGCGGUUCCUGAGGGCGAGCCCUUCAGCACGUUUCCGAUCAAGUUCGACAAUAUCGUGUGCUUCCACGGCUUCCAGAGCAUUUUCACCACUCAGCACAUGUUCCCCGUCCUGAUCGAUGGCAGAAUCUACGAGUCGUGCGAUCACUACUACCAAAUCGAGAAGACGCAGCAGCUGUGCGGAAAGACCAGCGACAAGAUGACGGCCACGGUCCGGGAUUCGACGGGAAAACGGCUGGAUGGACAGACCGGCUUCCGUUCGCACGAAGAGAAGGGAUACAGCGCUCUGGCCAAGGAUAUGAUUCGAGAGCAGGGCAUCACAAAAGAAGUCGUCGAGGAUUGGCGCCGAACCAAGGGUCUGGCCGCAAUUCAGAAAGCUCUUUCCGCAAAGGUCAGCCAAUGCGAGCAGAUGCGCACCGCGCUGCGGAACACUGGCGACAAAAUCCUGGUACACGCCUACGCGGGUGAUGCCAUAUACGGUGCUGGCACUAGGCUUCCAGGCAUCAAGGCUUGGUGCGAUGAGCAGCAAAAGACGCAGAAUGUGUUGACGCUCCCAAUGCGCUUCCCGCUAGACAACGAGACUGUGCAGCAGUGCCCCGCUACCGGCAAGGGCCGCAACGUGCUCGGCGUCAUCCUGAUGCAGCUUCGUUACCUGUUGAUCCGUUCUCAAAUCGAAGAGGUCGAUCUCUCGUCCGUGUUUGACGGUCUCGCCGUGCCAACCGGUGCGUCGGCCGUCGACACCAAGGAGAUUCUCGACGACCCGAUGGAGGGCUUCAACAUCGGCGGCGGUACAAUUCAGCAGCCGAUCCUCGCC